CAGAAAGCUGCUGAAACCGCUCGUGACAUCUGCAGUGUGUACGGAGAGGAUGCUAUAGAGGGCGAUUUCGAUUUGGAAGACGCUCCACACACCGGACGUCCUUCAGAUUUUGACAAGGAGCAACUAAGGGACCUUAUUAAGGAGGAUGACCGACAAAUUUCUAGAGAAUUGGCUGAAAAGAUGGACUGUGAUCAUGCGACGAUCCUUCGCCAUCUUCAUUCGAUGGAAUACACUCAGAAACUUGGAUCAUGGGUACCUCAUAAACUCACGGAAGAAACGAAGGCAAGGUCGCCUCCGAAUCGCAGCGCAAAAUCUCGCUCGACAUCGCGCUACACA